UUUUAUACAUCACACCAUGACUUUGGCCGUUGAUCUUUUACAUCCUACUGAAGAACACGAAAGACGUUCCCACAAGCUCAAACGCCUUGUGCAAUCUCCCAAUUCAUAUUUCAUGGAUGUCAAGUGUCCUGGCUGUUUGAAUAUUAGCACUGUGUUCAGCCAUGCUCAAACUGUUGUCUUGUGCUCUUCCUGUGGUACUGUUUUGUGCCAACCUACUGGUGGUCGCGCUCGUUUGACUGAAGGUUGUUCUUUCCGUAAGAAGGCCAACUAAGAUAUAUUACCCCCCUUUAUUUAUUCAAUAAAAAAAAAGUUAAAAAAUAUCUAUCUAUUGUUUUCUGUAUAUAUAAAUAUUUUUAAUAAAAAAGAGGAAGAUUAAGUCGAAGACUA